UCCUUUUGGUAGAAAUAAAAUUCUUUUAUGUGACUGAUUCCCACUCCAUUAGCUAAAACAGAGCAACAAAAAGCACAUAACACAAUACAACACAUUCUCCAAAUCAAUCUCUCUUCUCUUCUCUUCAAUUCUUUUCAACUUCUCUUCUUCUCUCCAUAUUUUCACACAUUCCAAUCUCUCCCACUUCUUCUCCCUUUCUUUUUUAUCUCUCUAUGAGACAAAUUGAGAUAAAUAUAGAAAAGAAGAGAGAAGAAGAAGAAGAACAAGAAACUAUGAGAAACAGCAUAAGAUGUUGCAUAUCUUGCAUUCUACCAUGCGGAUCACUAGACGUGAUCCGCAUAGUACACUGCAACGGCCGAGUAGAAGAAAUCAGCGGCAGUAUCAAAGCGAGUGAAAUCAUGAAAACAUACCCAAAACAUGUUCUCAAGAAACCAUCAUCACCUUCAACACAAGACGGCGGUGUUGUUCCUAAGAUCGUCGUUGUCCCUCCCGAAGCUGAUCUUCAACGCGGUAAGAUUUACUUCCUCAUGCCUCUUCCUUCACCUCCUCCGACGGAGAAAAGUCAUCACCAGAGUAAAAACUCGUCAGGAAGAAAGAAAAGAUCAAAAGAACAGAACAGCAGAAGUAACAGUAACAGUAACAACAUCGAGAACAGUGCUACCUUGGUUGUUUCUUCUGAUCAGUACUUGAGUGAGAUUUUGUCUGAGAAACUUUCUUGUCAGAGAGAGAAAAGAAGAGGACGUGUUGCUGUGUGGAGACCUCAUCUAGAGAGUAUUUCUGAGUCACCAACAAAUCAUCUAUAACGACUUGGACUUGAAGGAAGAGAUUAUCUUGAAAGUUAAAACUAAGCUUAUACUAGUAGAUCACAUACUUCAAAGAGGUUGAUGUGUGUGCAACUAUAUAUUUUCAUAUUGAGACUGGGUUUGGCAGAAUUAUGGUGUGUCACCGUAAUUUUGUCAGAAGUUACAUGAGCUUCAAUACAAUGAUGAUGUCAAGAGUGAUUUUGUCAAAAUAUGCAAGUAAUUGAGGGUGUGUUUAUAAAUUUGAAAUUUUCAGGAAAAAGGAUUAGGCAAGAUUUCGCGUUUCGCCUAUGUUUGGUAUCAUAGAAGUAUGCCAGGAUCACGUUAAUCCGCCAUAUGUAACUUCUACAAAAUCAUGGUAGAUCAUCGUGAUUCUGACAUAUCCACCGUAAUAUGACUCAGACACUUCAAGAAGUAUGUAUAGGUUUGAAUUUGUUUUGGUUUUUAGUAGUUGGUGGAGCUUAGGAAUUGAAGUGCACAUGGGAAGAUGAAAAAAACUAUUGAGAGAAAAGAUCAAUGAUUGGAAUACAGGAGAAAAAAGGAUCCCACUACUAUUGUGUCUUGUUCUGAUAAAUCUGUAUUGAAUCAUAAUAGAAUGUGAUUGAGACAUGAUCCAUGUUAUGUUGUUGCUACCAUUUGAGUAAUCCAUUCACUGUUAUUCCUAUUCA